UCCCUGGUUCAGUAUGUGGCGAGUUCCCCGUCUGCUCUGCGUGUACGUUCCAAGGAAGAGCAAGCUCACGGGACCUUUGAACAGGCCUGCCGCCUUCAUGUCCACUCUGCUCAUCAAUCAGCCCCAGUAUGCUUGGCUGAAGGAGCUGGGGCUCCGCGAGGACAACGAGGGCGUGUAUAAUGGAAGCUGGGGAGGCCGGGGAGAGGUUAUCACCACCUAUUGUCCUGCUAACAAUGAGCCGAUAGCGAGAGUCCGACAGGCCAGCAUGGCUGACUAUGAAGAAACUGUAAAGAAAGCAAGAGAAGCAUGGAGAAUCUGGGCGGAUAUUCCUGCUCCAAAGCGAGGAGAAGUAGUGAGACAGAUUGGUGAUGCCUUGCGGGAGAAGAUCCAAGUACUAGGAAGCUUGGUGUCUUUGGAGAUGGGGAAGAUCUUAGUGGAAGGUGUGGGAGAAGUUCAAGAGUACGUGGAUAUUUGUGAUUAUGCUGUUGGCUUAUCUCGGAUGAUUGGAGGACCCAUCCUGCCUUCUGAAAGACCUGGCCAUGCGCUCAUUGAACAGUGGAAUCCUGUAGGCCUGGUUGGAAUCAUAACUGCGUUCAACUUCCCUGUGGCGGUGUAUGGCUGGAACAACGCCAUCGCCAUGAUCUGUGGGAACGCCUGCCUUUGGAAAGGAGCUCCAACAACUUCCCUCAUUAGUGUAGCUGUCACAAAGAUAAUAGCCAAGGUUCUGGAGGACAACAAGCUGCCUGGUGCGAUUUGUUCCUUGACUUGUGGUGGAGCGGAUAUUGGCACAGCCAUGGCCAAAGAUGAGCGAAUGAACCUGCUGUCCUUCACUGGGAGCACUCGGGUGGGAAAACAAGUGGCUCUUAUGGUGCAGGAGAGGUUUGGGAGAAGUUUAUUAGAACUUGGAGGAAACAAUGCAAUUAUAGCUUUUGAGGAUUCGGACCUCAGCUUAGUCGUUCCCUCAGCUCUCUUUGCAGCCGUGGGGACAGCCGGCCAGAGGUGUACCACUGCGAGGCGCCUGUUUUUACAUGAAAGCAUUCAUGAUGAAGUUGUUAAUAGACUUAAAAAGGCCUAUGCACAGAUCCGUGUUGGGAACCCAUGGGACUCUAAUGUUCUCUAUGGGCCACUCCACACCAAACAGGCAGUGAGCAUGUUUCUUGGAGCAGUGGAGGAAGCAAAGAAAGAAGGUGGCACCGUGGUCUAUGGUGGCAAGGUUAUGGAUCGCCCUGGAAAUUAUGUAGAACCGACAAUUGUGACAGGCCUUGACCACAACGCGUCCAUUGUACACACAGAGACUUUUGCCCCAAUUAUUUAUGUCUUUAAAUUCAAGAAUGAAGACGAGGUCUUUGCAUGGAAUAAUGAAGUAAAACAGGGACUUUCAAGUAGCAUCUUUACCAAGGAUUUGGGCAGAAUCUUUCGCUGGCUUGGCCCAAAAGGAUCAGACUGUGGCAUUGUAAACGUCAACAUUCCAACGAGUGGGGCUGAGAUUGGAGGUGCAUUUGGAGGAGAGAAGCACACUGGCGGUGGCAGGGAGUCUGGUAGUGAUGCCUGGAAACAGUACAUGAGAAGAUCUACUUGUACCAUCAACUACAGUAAGGAACUGCCUUUGGCCCAAGGAAUCAAGUUUCAGUAAAGUUGCUUUCAAUUGACAUUUCAAGUGUUUCAGGCAUUGUUGCAUCUCUUUCUUCUGAAGAAGACGAAGAAAAUUACUAUUUGCCUUGAAUCAAUGGAUCAUUUUGAAUUUGACAGUGGUUAAUCCCUUAUGCUUCUGAAGCCUAAAUCAAGAGACUUUUUUAAAAAAUAAAAAUUUUCAUGACAUAGCCUUAAGUAAUAAAAGAUAGAUUCGAUGGAUUUUUAUGUUACUAGUAGUUACUGAUUUUUUUAAACUUUAGCAUUAUUUUUAUAAUUUAGAAAAAUAUAAUGCAUGCCAUGGUAGGAAUUUGAAAAGUACAGAACAUAAUAGGGGAAAAAAUAGAAGCCUUGUCAGGAGGUGCAGGAACGUCUCCUGAGCAAGUAAAGAAAUCGGUAGCAAGUAUUGAUUCAUGUCACCCUCCUCAGCAGGUGUUGGAAAGGGUGUGAUUGAAGGGAGUGUCCCUUGUUUAUGGAGGAGCAUAGCACAGUAUCCCUGUGGAACAACUUGCUGUUUAAGAUGUCUGAGGGCAUUCAUCAUUAUCACAGCUUCUCUCGCUCAGGAUGGCUUGUGUCACCACAGAAGAAAUUUGGGGGGUGGAUGGAGAUUUUGCUCCUGCCCUACCUAGAACCUGCACCUGCGGACGACUGUGUGGAAUUCUAUGCAGAGCACAUCUGGAUUUCUUAUGCAACCUCAGACCGUCUUCUUUAGCUGUUAGGCUUCCUUAGUUGCCCUUAGGUUUGUUGUCAGAAUAACCAAGUGUGUAGCAGCAUGUGUUCGCAGUGGACUCGGCAUAGUUCACUUUUUCUUUCCUGGGAGUCCACGUCCUUCUCUUCAGAAGCUGCCCGGGAGCUACUGGAGUGAUUCAGCCCAGGGCCCUGUCGAGCUCACGCUGGCUCCUGCAGUUCUGUCUUCCUGGCAGCCUUCACUCCCCUGAUGGGUAGCAGCCACCACCCCGUCGACUCCUGCCAGACUGGACUGGGACAGAAGACUUGCAAGAAGAUGACAUCUGUAGAUGACCUGAUGUGUCAAGAUAUAUGGAGAGAUGUAGACACCUGGCAAAGAAUUUGGGGUUGAGUUAUGGCAGAGAAGCAAGCAAAUGAAAAAACCAAGCAAUUAUAAAUUUAUCAGGGAAGGAAAGGUAUAACAUGUUCCAUGGCCCAGCUGUGACUAGUGUUCACCCAGGUAUGCUGUUGUCAACCUUGAAUAUUAAGCCAAACGUGGACGAUAGGCCUUCUGAGAGCAUGUUGGCAGGAAAAGUUCAGGGUUUGAGGUAGGUCAGAGAGGCAGGCAGUUUAUGUUCUGUAGUGGAAAAUCAAUAAUGCCUAAAAUCACAAAAGCAAGAAAUAGAAACAUAGGCUUAUAAAAGAUAGGGAGCUAAAUUCUGAAAAUAUCAUUGCUUCAGGAGAGGGCAAAUGGGGGGUGGGGCAUGGAGACAGGAGGGAUUAUCUUCCAUAACAAGUCUUAUAGAGCUAUUUGACUCUUUAAAUCAAGAGAAUGUAUAACUUUGAUUAAAAAUUCAAACCAACAAAAAAAUGAUGUCGGAGAAUCAGGUGCUUGGAAUCCUAGGCUUCCUAACCCCCUUUCCACCACCCCUCUCCCCAGCACACACAAACUGCACACUUGUGAGCUUCCCCUUAUUCAACUAGGGACUCUUUAAAUAUCUCAUGAAAGGAUUGUGCUGAAAGCCAAGUUUCCUUCCAUGUGUUGAAGUACAAAAUAGAUUAAAAGUAUAUGUGUAUCAAUACAAGGUUAAUACAAGCAGUUGCCUAAGAAAAUUACGCAGUUUGGGCACUUGUUUAAAAAAACCUUGCUGUGGUUUUUCUUUGUAAGUCACAAUGUUAGGUAUUGUAGCCCUGUCUUUAGUGUCUAUAAUAAUGUCUGAAGAAAAUAGUAAAGCACUAUUUAAAACGUUUUUAGAAACCAUGUAGUAAUUGGCUAUUUUCAUUUUGUGAAAUUGAGAUUAAUUUCGAUUGAAAUUUUUUUUAUAUCCUGUUUUUUCCAAGCAUAUUAUUUUUUAACAAGUAUUUCGAAACACGAGCUGUGUUGGUGUUUUUUCAAUUUUUACAUUUAUAAUUUCUCUCCAAUCAGGUAUGUAUUCUCUCCAAUGAGGAGGCUCUCCAUCCUCCUGUGUAUUUGCUAAAGCCAUGCCGUGGUGGCCAAUAUGGAAUAAUCUCUAGUACACUGGUGAGAGGGGGACCGGCAACUCUAAUCUUAGGUAUGGAAGUCAAGUUAAACUGAUUCUGAAAGCUUUCAUUGAAACUAAUUCACAAGUUUUCUACAAAUGUUUCUAGCAACAAGGACAUUUUUUGUCAUGAUGUUUAUUAAAAAAUUUUGGCCUUACA